AUGGCACCCAGGCCGAUAUUAAAGCCACGGUGCCAUAACUGCAGACGAAGGAAAAUAAAGGUAGAUUGCGAUUACCAGCAACCAUGUUGCGGCCAAUGUCGCUGGUCGCUCCUGCAAUGUGAAGGCUAUAAACAGGACUUGGUUUUUAUUUCGCACAAUGUUGCUCGCCAGGCGUCUCGAUCGUCAUUGCCAUCGUUAUCGGUGUGCCCUAGUCCAGGGGUGCACAAUCGUCAAAACAUCUUCGACUACUUUCUCAGCCAGUAUCUGCCCGAAGCGCCUCUGAAUCACUCUUCCUCGAUCAAAUGGUUUAGCCACCUGCCGCCUCGGCCGUCCGAGUGCCCUGCUCUUGACAGCAGCACCAAUGCGCUUGGCGUGACCAUGCUUGGUCGCAAGACUGGGGAUCAUAACCUGAUUUACAACGGCCUGAAGCUUUACGGGGAUUCUCUUGCCACUUUCCGAUCUUGGCAAGUCAGACAUCGAACGGGUCGCUGGCACGAAAGCUUGUUAGUGGCGAUGGUACUGCAAUUGUUUGAGGUUCGAUUACUCGCUGUUGAAUGCACCCCGCACAGCGCAGGGAAUUGGCUGAGCCAUUCAAAAGGGAUCUUGGUACUCUUACGAGCGGCGGGACCUACCGCCUGGCAAAAGACCGUUGCGACUAUCUUGUUGGAGGAGCCUACCUUCCUGGCGUCCGACGACUGGUGUCAGCUGCCAUGGGCGACAUUCCCAAAGGACGAUGCGCACAUACUGAUCGAUACGCUGCUCCGAAUCCCCGGGCUGUUGUUUCUCUCCAACAACACUGCCCGAAAGCUACGUGAGGGCAACAAAGCUGGGGCCGCGGAAGAUGAGCAGCAGCUGCAUCGCGUAUGCCAGGAUAUUGAUAUGGCCCUGUGCGAAUGGCACGACAUUGCACGGAAGAGCGGAUACCUGGGCAAACUCCGCGACUUCACGGAUGCACACCAUCUACCAUUCAGCGACAUCAUGGAGUUUAGAGACGUGAUGCAGGCACAGAUGAUGCUGUUCUAUUGGACAGGUAGACUUUUGGCACAUGAUGCUGCCCAACGAGUCGAGCAGGCAAGACUCGCCAUCGGCUUGGAAGCCAGGAAACUCCAAUGCGAUGGACGUACGUUUGGGGAUGCUGCUGACAAUAUCUGUCGGUCAGUGGCAUAUUGUCAGAAGGAAUCCAACGGCAUGUUGGGCAUGCAACUGAGUACGCUUCCGUUACGAACCGCCGAGCACUUCUAUCAAAGCACUGGGGAGGCGGAGAAAGCGCUCUGGUGUCGCCGCUGCGUAUUGAUGAAAGCCAAGGACAGCUUUCUGUUAGUGUCUGGGGCGCCAGCGCCUUCGAGGAAUGACACCCGACAACAUGAAGUGUCCCAAGGCCGCCUGGUGAGUUGA